CUCUCCCUUUCUCCUUUUGUCCGUCUUUAGCCCCUCAUCUCCCCACUUCUCCCUCCAUCCUGUCUUUCCCCAUCUCUCCCGCUUUGCUGGGACCAUCAGCUUAAACUUAGUCUGACUUCUGGGUGAGCCAGCAUUGGUAGGCUCCGGAGAGGAGAGGUCCAGGAAGUAGAGGAGAAGGACAGAUCUCUACAAUAAGUGCAUCUCCAGAAGUGGGGUUAUAGAAAAGUCCCCCAUUCCUUUGUUAGGCUGUGAAGGUAGUUUCGUCAGCCCUGGUGAGGAAACUAAGGCACCCUGGUGCCUUCACAAGGAUUUAGUGAAAUCAGAGCAUUAAAAUCAUUAAACAUAUCUGCUGCUAACAUUAGGGACCAUAUUGGGUCAACUUUAUAAGGAAAUCAAAUAUAAGGCCACUGACAAGGUGUAAUCUGAAGGACACCAAAAUGAUGUAUCUGACCAAGGGCAUCUCUCCUAACAGAAUAGUCUUGAAUGGAUUGUAGUCUUUCAAAAUAUCCUAUGAAAAUGCAAACACCCCCAAGAAAGAUUUUUUAAAGCCUUACAAGUUAGUAUUUCAGUAGGGCUUUACUUUCCCAAUGUGACAACUGAUCGAGAGGAAAAGCCUCCUAAGUAUGGAAUAAGAAAUAAAAUGAGAAGGUUGUAAAUUCCAAAAAGGGAGAUGAGUGACAAAUUUUGACUCUUGUGUGGGAUAGACUCUGUUUCCAAACCAUUACUAGGUCCUCUGGGUCCUGGCCUUAUGAGUAAAGAGAAUUUUUGAUCAGCCUUGUAACUUCCAGAGGAAUUGGGAACUCCUACUGCCCCAGUGCUAUAUUAUUGGGUGUUGUUGACAAUGAAAAGUUUCAAUCUGUACUAAUCACAUUAUGGGUUAAAUUUAAGAAAGUGUUGUAGAAAGUGUUGCGAGUUAUAAUGUAACCAUAGAAAUAAUAUGUUAAAUAAAACACACACCAGGAUGGGACUGCCCCCAAGGGGUGACUGGCCCUUGCUUCAGAGACCUAUAGGGUAAACUGUCCCAUUGACUCUUUUUCAGGGUGGGAAAAGGGAGGGACAGAAGCUGGAGUUGCUUAAAGAUGCAGCCCAGCCAGCUUAGGGAAGGAAGACCCUGGCAGAGACCUAAAACGUUUAGUUUGUGUAUUUGUAGACAAAAGAAAAUUAUGAGCCAGUGGAAUGUACAAAGUAGAACUGUAUUUCAUCCAACCUUUUCUUUCCUUUUCUCCCUAAGCUGACAAUCAACAUACGUAGCUUAUUAACAUAACUGAGACUGAAUAUUUCCUUUUAGUGUGUAGUCUUUUUAUAUCUGUUAAAUGAGCAUAUUUGUCUCUUUUCUCCCUGAAAUACUCAUUUGCACAGUUAACAAAACCUCAUUUACUUAAAAUAUUUUCAUGACCAUUCUAAAGGAUCCAUACAUUCCAUAAUGUUGUGAAUGUAUGAAGAAGAAUUAAAAUGUAGGGGAAACAUGAUGAAAAUUUGGAUGUGAUUACUCUCUUAUUCUUACUUUCCUAUUCUCACUUGACUAAUUCAGGAUACUAAAACCGUUUUAGGCAUUUUGACAAAAAUCUGUGUAGCUCCUUUUUCCACCCAGAAAAUAAUAAUUCUCUAUAUUUAGGCAGCUUGAACUUGUACUUAAGGACGGUGAAUUUGGUCUUUGCUCUUUAGUGUAGGGGGUUGGGGAAAGAAAGGUUUCUGUGUUUAUAUACUGAAUAAAUAUUCCUGUAGGUAAGGCACUUUUCAGUGCUUUAGUCCAUGAACUUUUUAAACAUCUAUCUUGGCUGCUUCACAAUUCCAAUCUUAAUCUUUUAAUCUUCCUGCUCAGGUGCCUCCAGUCCUGAUUCUAGAGUACUAUUUAGUAAACCAAACCAUCCAUAACCCAGUAAGGAAGAAAAGAUAAAAGUUCCCAAGUUAUAAAAAAAUCAAUGCUGUAAAAUCGAUGCACUGUAGAUUUCUUUGUAUGAGACCCCUUUCUCAGCCUCUACACAACUAGCAUAUUUACCUAUUCAGUUUCCCAAUUCGCAGGUGAUUAAAAAGAAUAACUUAAAAUGAGAUUACUGCUGCUACAGCUUAUUAUUAUUAUUAUCAUUAACCUUUAUUUGGUGUUAUUAGCUGCCAGACACUGUGCUAAGCCUUUUUUCACACAUUAUUUCACUGAAUGUUUGACAACCCUAUAAAGUCAAAUAAUAUUAAUAGCUUCAUUUUACAGUUUCAUAAACUAAGGUUUAGAUUGUAAUUAUCAGAAAGAUGAAGUAAUUUGCCAAAUUUGUAUAGAGUAAGUAUAGACAGGCAUAUAGGUAAUAACAUGACGGGCUAUGUUACAACUUGAUUGCAAAAGAGUAGAAAAAUAUAAAGGAAAAGAAAAUAUAAGAAGUUGGGAAGCAUAGCAAUUUGGAAGUUUUUAAUUUGAAGACAGACAACUUUGUACCUCUCAGUAGCUUUCAGAGGGCAAUACUGUGUUACAACAGUGUAAACUAGCUGGUUUGUGUACGUGAGAAUCCAGACCAUUAAAACUGGAUUAAAUUAUAUACAAAAUCAUUUCUUAAGAAUGGAUGAAGAGGUAUAACAUAUGCUAUAAAUAUUUCUGCUAUUUAUUAAAUUUCAACUUGAUGUCCAGUAUCGAAACUUCAAACUCAUUGAUACAGAAAUUGCUAAGCGUUAGGAAAGAGUUUCAAUUAAUAGUUGUUCCCUAACUAAGCCCGUUACAAAUUCAGAUGUUGGGAGUUCUCUUCUCUUUCUGUAUAAAAUAAAUGUUAACUGUGUGUUUUGGCUUCUUGGAGGGCAGGAAGGCUUCAGUUAUCUGAAAACUUCACAUAAAUAGAACAUAUCAUCCCUGAUGAUGGUGGUAUUUUUAUAUGUGUUGUUUUUCUAGAAAAAUAAAAAUUUGGAAGUUAAGGAAAGAAUAAACUCGAUUUGCAAAAGAUUUUGUUUUUACUUUCAAAGCUUCUGCAUUCAGAUUCAGGUAGCCCAGUCUGUCAAUUUGCUAUGUUUUGGGCCAAUUCCAUCACUAGGGUUUAUCCCAUUAUGCUGACUAAUGCAAAACUGACCAUUUGUAAAGGAGACAUGGGACCAUGGUUGACAUGAUGCGUGAUUUGAAAUGGCCAGAUACAAUCCUCAACCCCACUCCUCACUUGGAUAAAAAUAGUUGCCCCUAAGCCUUGCCUAAAAUGGCCACAUAGCCCAUACCCAAGGCAUAACUGUGAUCUGGCAUGAGAAGAGAAAGUGAGACUCUGAGUAGGGUCACUUCCCAAGAGGCCAGUCUUUAGUGGAUGUCCUGAGUGCUACUUGGAGCACCUGAUCAGUUCAGGGAAGCAUGAGAUCCUUGGUCCAGGACAUUCAGAAAGAGCAGGGACUCUGUAAGACUGCUAUAAGUACCCACCAACACAGUUGGUCUCCCUGACAUUUGUACCCUUUUAUACCUUUUCUAGAUCUGUCCAUGGUAAAUUUUCCAAGAAAACAUUGCAAGGAAAAACUCUAGGGACUGGAUAGGUAGUAAGCAAGGGAAGGGGCUGAGGAUUUGCAGGCUGUUCCCUGAGUGAGAAGUAAACAAAUGGCCCAAUUUGGACAGAGUAAGAGUAGGUUACAUGAGACAGACAUAAAAAAUCACAUCCCAAACCACUGUGGUCAUUCAAAAAUGUUUGCAACUUUUCACAAGGGCAGUGGUAUUACUCCCAAUUUCCUGGCCAAAUAUUCAUUAAAGUAACCAAGGACUGAGUACAUGAAGCUGCUUCACAUCAGCACAGCAUCCUACUUUCCUUGCAGCUCUGAACUGUGAGGUACUGUCAAAAAACUCUUCCACACUUUAAAAAGCUAUGUUACUGAGGAGAGUUGGAAUGUGUUCUGGGAGUGGGUGUGUUUGCUUGAGUUCAGUGUGUGCAGAAAAGGCAAGCCUCCACAGCCAUUUACACAUUUCGCUCCUCAGCGAUGGGUACACAGACAGCCAAGCUCCUGGACUAAGUCUCUGAAUGUGUAUCUGAUACUUCCCCUUACUGAGCUCCGGAGGCUCCUUCUUGCUGAGCUCCGGAGGCUCCCAGUGACCUCUUGAUAAUCAGCCUUGGUGGGGCCCAAAUCCCUACCCCUUGGAAAACUCACUGAGCCUGACAUCUGCCUGUAAGCAGCUUUCAGGAAAGAUCUCACAAACGCCCACCCAAUCUCUCUUGGUAGCAAACUGUCAAAUCAUGCCCAUUUCCUCAAAAGAUGGUGGAGGACUUAGCAGCCUCCUAUAUUGCUCUGAAAUUGGAGAAUGAAAUUCUGCAGGCUCAAGUGCGGCAGCUGAUGGAAGAAAAUGCUACCCUCCGGGCCCAGAUCUCAGAGCUUCAGAAGUCCCAAGCAGCCAAGGAGGAUGAUCUACUCCGAAAGUCCUCAGAGGCCAAGGAGCCCCAGAAGCUCCCAGAGCACACGAAUCCCCCAGCAGCCUGGGAGUCCCAAAAGACCCCAGAGUUCAAGGAGCCCCAGAAGCCACCAGAGCCACAGGAGCUUCCACCCUGGGAACCCCCAGCAGCCUGGGAGCUCCAGGAGGCCCCAGCAGCCCCAGAGUCCCUGGAGCCUCCCGCAACCCAGGAGUCCCAGAAACCUCCAAUGGCCCAUGAGAUUCCAGCAGUCUUGGAGGGCCAGGGGUCUGCAGACACCCAGGAUCCCACAUCAGCCCAAGAGCCCGAGAAUUCAGAACUCCAGGAUCCCCCAAAUAUUGAGAAGCCCCAGGAGGUAACAAAAUGCCAGGAGACUGCAGCACAGCUAGAGUUCCGUGAGCUUCCAGCUCCCCAGGAUCUUCUGGAGCCUUCAAAUGCCCAGGAAUUCCUAGAACUCUCAGCAACCCAGGAGUCCCUGGAGAGUCUAAUAGUUGUGGAGACAUUGGCAGCUCCAGAGUUUCCACAGGCCCCUAUUGGGUUAGAGGCUACAGCUUUCCCCCUGGAAUACCCUUUAACUUUCAAUGGAGAUUCCCAGAAGCUUCCCGAGUUCCUGGUUCAACUGAAUAGUUACAUGAGAGUCAAAGGGCACCUGUGUACCACUGAGGCAGCCCUGGUGAGCUUUGUUGGCAAUUGCUUCUCAGAUAAGGCAGGAUGGUGGUUCCAGCUCUUACUGGAUAUCCAAAGCCCCUUACCGAGUCAAUGUGAAAAUUUCAUACAUGUGCUCCAGGAUACUUUUGAUAAUCCUGAAAACAUGGAAGAUGCCAACCAGUGCAUCUGUCAACUCUGCCAAGGGGAGGGUCAUGUAACAACCCACUUCCACCUUGUUGCUCAAGAGCUGAACUGGGAUGAAAACAUUCUCUGCAUUCAAUUUCAAGAAGGGCUUUCCAGUUCUAUACGAGAUUAACUGUUUCACACAAGCCCAGCCACCAACCUAUCUGAUCUCAUCACUCAGUGCAUCAGCCUAGAAGAGAAGCCUGAUCCCAAUCCAUUAGGGAAAAGCUCCUCUGCAGAGGGAGAUGGGCCUGAGAGUCCACCAGAUGAAAACCAACCUAUGCAAGCUGCAAUCAACUGUCCACACAACAGUGAAGCUGAAUGGGCCCAUUGGCGCAAAGGCCACUUAUGCCUCUACUGUGGUUAUCCUGGUAAUUUUGCCAGAGAUUGCCCUGUCAAGUCUCAUCAAGCCCUGCAGGCAGGAAACUUUGAGGCCUGCCAGUAAGGGGGACCCCAGGAGGGCCAAUCUACAAAUAUGCGUCCCCCUCUCUUCCAAUAUCGAUGUCUCAUACACUAUGGCUUACUGUUGAAAUCUGACUGAGCUCUGAAAGGAAGACAAUUCUUUGAGCAAGCAAUGGUAGAUUCAGGCUCCUACAGAAACAGCAUUGAUCAGGCUGUGGUUCUUCGAGAGAAGCUGCCCCUCGCAGUAAUAUCUUCCCUCUGAUGCUGGAAACUGUCGACGGCCGUCCACUUAUUAAUGGGCCCAUAAAUAAGGAAACAUCACCUGUCAAAGUUAAAAUUGGAGACCAUGUAGUAGAGCUCCAGUUUGACAUUAUUCAUGCACCACAAUAUCCUCUGAAUCUUGGAAUCUAUUGGCUUGAGACACAUGACCCAAACGUAGAAUGCAGUACCCGCCUUGUGCCCUUUCCAUCACGUUAUUGCUUUGCUUUGCUACAAUUGCUACAUUCCUAUGCUUUGCUACAAUUGCUUCAGGCACAGGUGGAAUAGAAGAAAUCUUGAUGAAAUAAUUGCUGGCUAGAUCCUGUGUCCUAGUGAUUGUUCCUGGCACCCUGUCUUCUGUUACCUCAGCUGUCAUCAGCAUUUACUGCUCCCUGAAUAUUCUACUGAACCUCUUGCUGUGUACUAAGGCUACCUGUACAACGACUCUGCCUCUUAGAUGAUAGACUGAACCUGAUGACUUUGAGCUGCUUUUUUUUUCCACUAACUCUGCAUGCCUCUAUCUCAGAACCCUGCAUUCUGCGGAACUGUUUAAAUUACAAUUUAUACUAACAAUACACAUGAGAAUAGAUGUUAGAAACUAAUAAUGAAAAAGCGUAGCUGUUAAACUGACUUGAUUUUUUUCUUAUCAAUAUUUUCUAUGUCAUAAAAUUGCAACAUCUUUUACACAAAGAAAAUAAGUUUGUAAGUGAUAUUUUUUAAAGAAUCAAUAAAUAUUAGCAAUUUCUACUUCUGUUUGAAUUAUUUCUUGGCUUAGCUAGAGGAAGAGAUAACAAACUAGUAAAUUGGGAGGGAGAGAGGGAAAUGGAAAAUGUUCAAAGUUUAGGGAGGCUCCUAAACAUUCCAGGUAUAGUGACAGGUCUGCAGAUGAUAGAGAAAUGAUGUAGAGGGUAAGAUGGAGAGAAUAGGGAAUGGUUAGGGCUGAAAGUGAGAGUAGGGAAUGGUUAGGGCUGAAAGUGAGUGAAGUAUGGACGGAUUAGGGGAAAGGUAGAGGUAAGACUGAGAAGAUGGUUUUGGGGAGAUUGGGAGGAGGUUGAAGAGGGUUUAGAGGAGGAUUGGGGUGCUGAAGAGAGGAGUUACAAGAGGGGGAAAUUUCUACAAAAAUAAAAAGAGCACUGACAAAGACAUUGAACAGCUUUGAAGGCAAAUGUCUUGGACUUCACAAGUUAACCAAACAAAGAAGUGCAUUGGAGCAGGUAAUGAGACCACUUCAGUGACCCAGCCCUUCCAGUAAAGUAAAAAAUUCUUUUUCCCUGCAGCAGGCAAAUUUUUCCUAGAACUACAGAUUAAUCUGCUCUUGCCAAUGCACAGAAGGGUGGAAGGAAUCAGCUUUUAACCCAUGAAGAGUGUUAGUGGCCAACUGUUCCUCUCCUAUACAUACAAGUUACCCUGCACUGCUUAACCAUGCUACUUGCAUGACAAACAUGGAGAGCCAAGCCAAGGAAAGGAACUUAUGUCUUUACAUGCCUGAGAGGGACUACUGCCUUGACUUAAAAACACACAUAUCACACACACAUAAACACACAUACACACACACCAGGGUCCACGGGAUGGAAGAGGUAGAAGCUCCAGGUGAGGUGUGAGGAGUGUUCUAAGAAGAACCUAAUGCUUUUCCUCUGUGUUUUCAACUUUCCCUUGGGAGCCUCUUGCACUGAGGUUGCUAAAAGUGGACUCUUUCCCUUAUUUAGACAAAUGUAGACAAAACAGCAAAUAAAUGAUUGUAACCCUAGAAGGUAAUGCGGAGAGGCUUACCAUUCAUUGGGCCACUAAUACGUUCAGCUACAAUGUCAGGCAUUUAACACACAUUAAUCAUCUCAUUACUCCUCAGAACAAUCCAGUGAAGCAGUUUGCUCCUGUUUUGGCAAUGAGCAAACAGAAUCCAAGCAAGGCUAAUUCACUUGCCCAAAGCCACACAGCUAGUAAGUGAUGAAGACCUGUUUGGCCUCCAAAGCCUUUGCCCUUUUCCCUACAGCAUGCCAACCUCCAUAAUGCAGUGGUAAGGGCCAAACAAAAUUAUGGCAGCAGAGACCUAAGUGGGUCCCUUACAUUUUCUCCUAAAAAUGAGGGGAAAACUCAAAACAAAAGCUUCUAAAGAGUUUGGCUAAUAGUUCAAUUUCCUAUGCUUUGCUAGCACUUCCAUUUCCCUGGUUCCUUUAUUCUACUGCUAACCCUGUUAUCACCCACCAAACUUCCUUUAUCAUUUCUUGGAAAUUUUUCUUUUGUAUACCUAAUGUCUCAGACCUCUUUCAGAUUCCAAGGUGUUUUUAAUGAGAGUCGGUGGUACAGAACAGUUAUUUACAGGACCUGUGCAUUACAUAGCAGCACCACCCCUUGGAUUGUCUACCUAACACUUCCAUAACCCAUCCAAAUCCUCUGCAGCCUUAAAUUCCACCUCUUCUAGUCCUCACUGGCCUUCCCUUCCUUUCCUGAACAAUCAAAUGUACUUUGGCUCUAUAAUUGCUUUGUGAUAUGUGGAGGAUCUUUCCCUAGGUACACGUCUUGUAUUCCCCCCACCCUUCCACCCACUUAGCUUAGGUGAAGGGACAGAACGAUCUACAUCCCUACCCUGGACAGCUAAGUGUAACACAGUGUCUUAUACAUAAAAUGUUUGACAUAGUGCCUGAUUCUAUGACAUUUAAUUAUCAGAGAAAGGGGCUUAUUUGCAUACUUUAUAUAGGCUCUUCUUGCAUUUUCUCCUACUCAGUUGCUCAUC